AUGAGCGGCGUUCACCUCCACCUCGGAUUCCUGCUCCUGGCCGAAUUGGUGCUGUGUGCUGCCGCCACACGGUUUCAAGAUGUGCUGAGCCAUGGAAGCACUUCUCUUGUUACAUCCUACAAGACGCUCCAAGGCUGGUCUAGUGAUCAAAAUAAAUGGAACGAAAAGCUUUACCCUUUCUGGGAAGAAGGAGAUCCCAGAUGGAAAGACUGCUGGAAAGGCGGAAGGGUGACAGCCAAAUUGGACACUGAUAGCCCAGCACUGGUAGGAUCCAACGUGACCUUUGCUGUGACUCUCCAGUUUCCCAAGUGCCAGAAAGAAGAUAAUGAUGGCAACAUAAUAUACGAGAGAAACUGCACCCAGGAUCCUCCGGUUUCCCAGGAUCAGCAAAUCUAUGUCUACAACUGGACUGAAUGGAUCGACAACUGUGGCUGGGAAAACUGCACAAGCAACCACAGCCAUAACGUAUUUCCAGACGGGAGACCUUUCCCUCAUUAUCCUGGCUGGAGGAGAAGAAACUUUGUCUAUGUGUUUCACACGUUUGGUCAGUACUACGAAACAACUGGACGAUCUUCGGCAACAUUUUCAGUCAACACAGCAAACAUCACUCUUGGCAAACACGUGAUGUCGGUGUCCAUUUAUAGGAGAGAGCACUCAGCCUACAUUCCAAUUGCAAGAGCAAGUGCCAUUUAUGUCGUAACAGACAAAAUUCCGAUAUUUGUGAGUAUGUUCCAAAAACAUGACCGCAACAUCUCAGACUCCAUUUUUAUUAAAGACUCACCGAUCAUAUUUGAUGUGAAAGUCCAUGAUCCCAGCUACUACCUUAAUAAUUCUGCCAUCUCCUACCAGUGGAACUUCGGUGAUGGAAGUGGCUUAUUUGUAGCCAGCAGUUCCACUACAUCUCACACCUAUACUCUGCAAGGAAACUUCACUCUGAAUUUAACUGUCCAAGCCAUUAUACCUGUACCUUGCAAGCCAGUAACACCCACUGCACCAUUGCCCACCUCAGCAGUUACAACUGGAGCACCUUCUAAUUCAGACUCUUCUACUGCUGUCGAGUCAAUGGAAGACAAUCCUGAUGGGGGCUGCCAUAUUUACAGAAAUGGAUACUAUAGAACUGGUAUCUCUGUCGUAGAGGGAAUCCUUGAGGUAAAUAUUAUUCAGAUGACGAACAUCCAGAUGACAGAAAGUCAGGCUGAAAACUCACUGGUUGACUUUGUUGUUACCUGCCAAGGGGGUCUCCCCACAGAUGUUUGCACAGUAGUUUCUGACCCCACGUGCCAGGUGUCCAAGAGUGUGGUAUGCGACCCCAUCAUCGUCACUGACGAAUGCUUACUCACCAUCAGGAGGGCUUUUGAGGAACCUGGAACAUACUGCAUAAACAUCACCUUGGCCGAUGACACAAGUCAAGCCCUUGCCAGCGCGCUGAUUUCUGUAAACGGAGGAUCAUCAUCAGGAACAACAGAAGGUGUCUUUAUCUUCCUUGGUUUGUUGGCAGUGUUUGCCGCCAUUGGGGCUUUCAUCCUUUACAAGAGAUACAAGCAAUACAAGCCUAUCGAGAGAAGCACGGGACAAGCAGAGAAGCAGGAGGGACUAACUGCUUAUUUAAGCAAUUUCAAAGCCAUUUUCUUCCCUAGUAGCACUGAGAGAAAUCCCCUGCUGAAAAGCAAACCAGGCAUUGUUUAAACCUUUAGUCUAACACUGCCUACUAGAUUACGUACAGAACUCAUAUCUGAACUGUACUUUGAUGGGGUUUCUUGUUGUUAUAAAAGAACAGGUGGUAAGGUGAAAGCACAUAUAAAUGGGGUGGUGACUUUUGGGGGCUUGGUGCGAUUAGAAAUAUUAAAAUAGUCCUUUGUAGAAAACAAUGAGGUAGUUUUGAGCACUUGCUGUUCUUGCUUGUGAUCUAGGAUAGACUCUUCUGAAUAACUAACACCCCUCCCCUCCCUUAUCUGGGUUUUCUUACUUCUAGGUUAACUACCUGCAAAACUAAUCACAUCCAUAAUCUGGAGAGGGGGACAAAA